AUGUCUGGAAUCUUCGGUGUCAUCGUCUCCGGACGCACACCCAUCGAAGUCCAACCCGUCUCGGAUUCCGAAUUCUCGUGUGAGAUUCUGAAUGCCGACGCCAUCAACCACGUCGUCGUCUUCCUCACCGGCGCCCAACCGUUUCCAGAAGGCGUCGGCGGAUCGGUGUACAUCAGAUGGCCAACGCAGGACGGCGGAAAUUGGCACUACCUGGGAUUCAUUUGCAAUCAGAAGCCCAGUGCGAUCUUCAAAGUUGCUCAGCUCCACAAAUCCGACGCCUCCCACGCCAACGUCUUCGGUGGACAGCAGAUGCAGCUAUAUUCCAGUGGAUCCGCACAGAUUGGCAUCAACGCAGAGGCCUUAUCGAUUAUUGAGGGUCGGCAGGCGGUGGAAGGCACUCAGGCUAGCCAACAGUCGACACUGGUUGAAUUCGCGGAGAAGAUGAUACGAAAUCUCAUCAACCACACUGAAUCAUUCUCAAUUCGUCUUCCUGAUCCAUCCUCGAUCACUGGUGCCUUCCAAUCGUGGUACAACUCGUUCUCUCGUCGCUUCGCCGCGAAUCCCUACUUCUGGAGAGCAUUGAAUAAUUCCUAA